AUAUUUCUAUUUUUAGAUGCCCUUAGUGCACAAGUUAACAUACCUUUUAUGAAAUUGGCAGUCAAAGUGAUAGAUAUAAUUGUGGAGUCAAUAUCAUAUCAUCAUACAAUAAUGAAUUGAAUUUAAUUAGGCAUGUGAACUCAUAGAAAAAAGUUAUGAACAAUCCAUAACGUCUUUUACGUCACUGUGUCAGAGAACAAAGAAGCUGACUGGAAAGAGCGAAAGAAAAAGCCCGAAACCAAAAGGAAGUCGGUGGUGUAUUCUUCAGAUUCAGUCUUCACAAUUUAUACAUCCCUUUCCGCGUUCACCUUUCUCUUUCUCUUUCUCGUAAUUCACUAUUCGCCAUGGCGGACCCUCCUUCUCGCGCACUACCUCCUCGACCAGAUUUUCAGCAGUUACAAUUCGAAGCCCAGCAUCGGUGGUUACGCCCUGCGGAAAUAUUGGAAAUUCUUCGUAAUUAUCAGAUGUUUCAAAUCACACCUGAACCACCUAGCAGGCCACCAAGUGGAUCACUUUUUCUUUUUGAUCGGAAGGUUUUGAGAUACUUCAGAAAGGAUGGACACAACUGGAGAAAGAAGAAAGACGGAAAAACUGUGAGGGAAGCUCAUGAAAAGUUGAAGGUGGGAAGUAUUGAUGUGUUACACUGCUACUAUGCCCAUGGAGAAGAGAAUGAAAAUUUUCAGAGGCGGAGCUAUUGGAUGCUUGAACCGGAUAUGAUGCAUAUAGUAUUUGUCCACUACUUGGAUGUUAAGGUUAACAAGACCAAUAUUGGUGCAAGCACAGAUACUAAAGGGGUUACAUCAGAUUCUCAAAACGGCAGUUCUGUGUCAUCUGGCUUUCCUGCAAAUUAUGGUAACAUGCCUUCGGGAAGUGCGGAUGCCAUGAGCCCAACAAGCACUUUAACUUCUUUAUGUGAAGAUGCAGAUUCAGAGGAUAUUCAUCAAGCAAGCUCGGGAUUUCACACUUUUCGUGAGUCACAAAAUCUGGGGAAUGGUCCACUGAUGGAUAAGGUUGAUGCUCGUUCAAAUAGUUCAUAUCUUACACAUCCCUUUUCAGGUGAUCAUGGUCAGUUAUCGUUUUCAGGACCAAAUUACCUCCCACUUGUUCAGGGGGGUAAAUCCAAUCAAAGUGGUGCUACAUAUGCCGAGGGUCAGAGAGCACUCAACAUAGCAUCCUGGGACAAUGUCAUGGAGAAAUCUGCAGGAUUGCAUACUGAUCCCUCCCUUGUAUCAUCUAAUUCUAUUCCAUCAAGUUCAAUGGGGAACAUCAUUGAACAAGAACAUUCCGUCUUUACUGAAGGAAGGGCCUCACAGAGUCUCCAUUCAAAUUGGCAGAUUCCUUUUGAAGACAAUACAGGAGAAUUUCCUAAAUGGAGCUUUACUCAGUCGUUGAAUUUGGAAUUUGAAUCUGAUUAUUCCACUGAACUACUGGGAAAAGAAACUAAUAAUGCAAGUUCAGAAAUUGGUCCUGACCUAUUUUGUUUUAAUUUUGAACCAAAAGAGCAGUCUGUGCAGCAAAACUUGUCAAAGGAGCAUACACCUGCACAAUCUCAGGAUGCACUAAAAUCUGAGUAUGGAGUUCAUGGUGAACACAGUGCCAACUAUUCCUUGAACAUGAAGCAUGCUUUUAUGGAGGCAGAGAGCCUGAAGAAGGUUGAUAGCUUCUCUAGGUGGAUUUCUAAAGAACUUGCAGCGGUGGAUGAUCUGCACAUGCAGUCUUCCCCUGGUAUUUCAUGGGGCACGGAUGAAUGUGGGAAUGUGAUAGAUGAUACCUCAUUGAACCUGUCCCUGUCUCAAGACCAACUGUUUAGCAUACAUGAUUUUUCACCUAAAUGGGCUUAUGCUGGAUCAGAAAUUGAGGUGUUGAUUAUUGGAACAUUUUUGAAGAGUAAACCAGAGGUGGCAACAUGUAACUGGUCCUGUAUGUUUGGGGAAGUGGAAGUACCAGCUACGGUUUUAGCUAAUGGAAUUCUGUGCUGUCAAGCUCCACCUCAUGUGAUUGGACGGAUCCCUUUCUACGUAACCUUUUCGAAUAGAUUUGCUUGUAGUGAAGUUCGGGAAUUUGAGUUUAGAGAGGGCUUUACUAGGAAUGUAGAUUUGGCAGAUUUUUUUAACAGCUCAACUGAAAUGACGCUUCAUUUGCAACUGGAAGAGUUACUUACUUUGAAUUCAGUGCAUCUUUCCGAUCAAGUUUUUGAGGAUGAUAUGGAGAAAAGAAACUUGAUUCUUAAGCUUAUUUCAUUGAAAGAGGAAGAGGAAUAUUUGAGUAAUGAGGAGCCAACUGGAGACAUGAAUAUAUCAAAACACAGGAUGGAGGCGCAUAUAUUUCACAGGCAGGUUAAGGAGAAGCUGUACUCGUGGCUUCUUCACAAAGUAACUGAAACUGGUAAAGGGCCUCACGUGUUUGGUAAAGAUGGGCAAGGUGUAUUACAUUUAGUUGCUGCUCUUGGUUAUGAUUGGGCCAUAGCACCAAUUGUAACUUCUGGAGUUAAUAUAAACUUCCGUGAUGUGAAUGGAUGUACGGCUCUACACUGGGCUGCAUCCUGUGGCAGGGAGCGAACGGUUGUUCUCCUUGUCUCCAUGGGUGCCGCUGCUGGAGCAUUGACUGACCCAUGUACAGCAUUCCCUUCAGGAAGAACACCUGCAGAUAUUGCUUCUAGCUGUGGCCACAAAGGAAUUUCAGGUUUUCUUGCCGAGUCAUUAUUAACUAGCCACCUUGAAUCACUCACCGUGGAUGAUGUGAAUAAAGAUGGUGCAAAAGAAACUUUGGGAAUGAAAGCAGUACAGACGAUUUCAGAACGAAUUGCAACACCUGUGUUUAGUGGGGAUAUACCAGAUCCAGAUGCUAUCUGCCUUAAGGAUUCUCUCGAUGCUGUCCGGAAUGCUACACAAGCUGCUGAUAGAAUACAUCAAGUAUAUAGAAUGCAAUCAUUUCAAAGAAAGCAGUUAGCUCAGUAUGAAGGCGACGAUGAGUUUGGAUUGUCAGAUCAGCAAGCUCUUUCGGUUCUUGCCUCUAAGGCAUCCAAAUCUGGUCAUGGGGAUGGUUCAGUCAAUGCUGCUGCAAUACAAAUACAGAAAAAGUUCCGUGGCUGGACAAAGAGAAAAGAAUUCCUGUUCAUUCGUCAAAGAGUUGUUAAAAUUCAGGCUCAUGUAAGAGGUCACCAAGUAAGAAAGAAGUAUAAAUCAAUUAUCUGGUCUGUGGGCAUCCUGGAGAAGGUUGUAAUACGGUGGAGGCGCAAGGGCAGCGGUUUACGUGGAUUUCGACCAGAUGCUGUUAUUAAGGCCCCCAACCAACCAAGCAAUGAUCCUGUGAAGGAGGAUGAUUAUGAUUUUCUCAAGGAAGGGAGGAAACAGAGUGAAGAAAGGUUCCAAAAGGCCCUUUCAAGGGUUAAGUCCAUGGUUCAGUAUCCAGAGGCCCGGGCCCAGUACAGGCGACUGCUAAAUGUAGUAGACGAUUUCCGUCAAACCAAGCAGGCAUCUACUUCAAGUCCGAUAAGUUCGGAAGAGGCAGUUGAUGGUGUUGAGGAUUUGAUUGAUAUUGACAUGCUUUUCGAUGAUGAUAAUUUCUUACCUAUAGUAUUCGAUUGAUCAUUGGUGGUGGCUACUUCAAUCCUUUCUUCUGUUAAUAGAUGUCCCGUCAGUUUUAUUUUUGCACGGGAAACAUCUUACAUAGUGUAUAUAACUGCUUGGAUCCUAGGGUGUCAUGUUUGUACCAAAAGUUAGUUGGAUCCUAGGUUGGGUGGUAUAAAUAGAUUGUGAAAACUAGAAUAUCCAUUCAGGUUUGACAGUUAAAUACUGAAAUCUUGACAAGAUUUGAUUUUAUAUAUGUGGAUAUCUAUAUAUAACAUAGGGUUUGAAAAAGUUAUCAAUACAUCAUUUUGUAUUCUUAA